GAAUGUAGUUAUCUGAGAGGCCCUGAGGGGUACAACAUGUGCUUUAAGAAUCCACAACAUCCCCCUUCAGCCAGUGACUUUACUUUCGGACAGGACAUAAUUAUCACGGCAGCGCCUUGGCUCACCUCCUGUGCCGUGUGCUCGUCGCUGUGGCAGACGAAUGUGUGUCGGGGUGUUUUUAAGUGUCUCCCAGUCUCUCCUGUCCUUCUCACCGUUGCCUGAAUGCUUGUAGAUGCGCUUGUGUCGCUGUGUGUUUAUGUGUGCGUGUCGCUCUGUGUUUGUGUGCUGUUGUCUGUGUUGCCCGGUCUGAUCGCGCCGGUCUCUGACAGCCCCUGUCCUGUGCUUGUACAGCAUAAGCUGAAAUCUUCGCAGAGGGACAAGGUACGGCAGUUCAUGUCCUUCACACAGGCUGGGGAGAAGACAGCCGUGUACUGCCUCACACAGAAUGACUGGAAACUAGAAGUCGCCACCGACAACUACUUUCAGAACCCGGACCUUUACUGUAAGGACUCUAUGAAAAUCUCAGUCGACCGGAAAAAGCUGGAGCAGCUCUACAACCGCUAUAAAGAUCCACAGGAUGAAAAUAAGAUCGGUAUCGAUGGGAUCCAGCAGUUCUGUGACGACCUCUCUCUGGACCCGGCCAGCAUCUCGGUGCUGGUCGUGGCGUGGAAGUUCCGCGCUGCCACUCAGUGCGAGUUCACGAAGAAGGAGUUUCUGGAUGGCAUGACGGAGCUGGGGUGUGACAGCCCAGAGAAGCUGAAAGCUCUUUUGCCAAGAUUAGAGCAGGAGCUCAAAGAUACUGGCAAGUUCAAGGACUUCUACCAGUUCACGUUUAAUUUUGCCAAAAAUCCCGGACAGAAGGGUCUAGACUUGGACAUGGCUGUAGCCUACUGGAACCUGGUUCUCUCGGGACGAUUUAAGUUCCUCGAUCUUUGGAAUAGAUUCCUUUUGGAACAUCAUAAACGAUCCAUCCCAAAAGACACGUGGAACCUAUUGUUGGACUUUGGGAACAUGAUCGCAGACGACAUGUCAAAUUAUGAUGAGGAAGGAGCAUGGCCGGUUCUUAUAGAUGAUUUUGUGGAAUUUGCUCGACCAAUUGUAACAGGAUCAAAACGCAAAACUCUCUAAAUCCGAUCCUGACUCUGGGGAAAAAGCCAGAACCUUGUUUCUUUUACAGUGACUUCAUAGUUUUUUUUAAAGACUUGUACACAAAGAAAAAAAAAAAAUAAAGGUGAAAAAUUGUAGACUUCAGAGAGGAAACAGAAGCACUUGAAACUGUCGGGACACCACGUUCAUCAGGGAGCUGAGCAAAAACUGUGACAAAAACAACUGGCCACAUUCUUUUCUUUUAUUUUCUGUUUUUUGUCCUCGCGGGACUGAGGCGGCGUAUGGACAUGGACAGAUUCACCCUCAUGUCUCACCUGCUGGAUUCUCAGUAUCGUGGACUUCCCUCUGCUCUGCUCUGCUCUGCUCGGCUCCGGGAGGAGCGUCACCUGUCCGGCCUCAGCUCCUGUGGGGGGAGGAGGGACUCUGGCGGCGCUGAGAGGACGUCCACCACCUGUGUGUGUGCGCUCUGAAAGGACAGGACAGGAGGAAGCGGUGUGUUGUAGGAUUCUUUCUAGUCGGCUUUGUUGUGACGUGUGAAGCUCUGAGCGGCUGCGCAAAGGUUCCACUGUUUUACUCGCAAACUAACAAAAACGGGGACAUCGUGCUCGCGACACCAGCACCACCAGAACUGCUGCAGUUUUUACUGUACAUACUGUAUCUAUGGAGACAGUUUACAAAGAGAGCUAUAUGAAGAAUAAUAUAAAUAUGUUGAGUUUAAUGAUGAUUUCAUUUAUGUACAGGAAGUGCUAAGAUCUCUACUGGGAUGCCUCGGUGUUGUGGAUGACGAUGAUGAUGAUGAUGCUGUCAGUUUAAACGUUGGUGGAUCUGAGUCAUGAGCUUCUCAUUGAAAGCAUGUUGAACACAUUUGUUGCUACACUGUCACACACGGGCUGGUUUCACAAAUAAAUGACAGGACAGUGCUUUAAUUUAGAUCCUGGUUUGUGCGGGGUUCAAUUGUUGGAACAGUCGCAAGUUGGGGGUGCAGUGGGUUGGAAAAAAAAAUCCCAAUUAUAACCGGCCCCAUCCACAGUAUUCAUCUUUUUUUGUUUUUAAUUUCAAUAGAUAAUGUCUUGAGAGAAAGAAGAAGAAAAAAAAAAAAAAGUGUUUCGUUAUUGAAUCAAGUCUGUUCAGCAGCAGCAGUCGAAUCAAAUGUAAAGUGAAGACGUCGCGGGGCGUCAGAAUUUGCAUGGCACAUAUCUGUAUGUAACGGCGGCGCAGGAGCCAGGACACUACAGGGGGCGACAGGACGACAAAAGUAAGCCUUAAGAAUGAAAUACCUGUCUGUCCAGUACUCAUGUUUCUGUUCCAGCCCAUCUGCUCAGUGUUACUGAAGGUAGUGAAAACACAAAUAUAAUGUCGAUACAUCUUGUAAGUAGUAAGUAUAUUGUUCAUUUAAGGAAGAUGAAUAAAGCAUGAGUUUUUCCAUGA